GUGUAAUAUUAUUUCUUUUAAAUGCUGCUAAAAAGCAUAAAACAAGAGAUUUUAAAUGAAAUAUAAAACACAAGUUACUGAAAGUAUAAUUUAUUGUACGCUUUUAAUUUAACAUGAAUAACAUAGUAAAAUUAUAUAGACAAAUUCUACAUGUGAAUUUCCAAGUGAUGAACUAGAUUUUUUCACAAGAUGUUGCCGUUAACUAUAAUUAGACUGGCGGAACAGACAUCAAAAGGACAGUUUCUUUUUGAUUUUUUUUUAAAAAUUGAAAGAAAAGAAAUCAAGAAAUAAUUCACGACGGUUGUGUACCAACUCUAAUUUGUGUCAAACGCGUUGGCGCUUCAUUUUAAAAAAUAUGCUGUUUACUUUUGUCUUCCAUAACGUGGAUGUCAAGUCAUUCGUUACGAAGAGUUUAAAAAAUAGUUAACUAUUGAUUUGUAUUUUAUGAAAAAAUGUCCUAGUACUGAAAGUGGUUAUAAAGUGAACAUCAUGCCUCAAGUUUGUAAUAGAAAAGAUUUAGCUGCAAAUGCGUUUUGGGAAGAAAUUGACGAGAAAUAUUUUCAAGACGUUCCCUUGUUGCUGUUGAACGCAGUCAAAUCCAAUAUAAGUGAGGGAACGCCAACACUACAUGACGCAGACGUUAGCGAAAAAGAAAAGGAUUACCACUCUGCAAAGUAUCAAGUGGACUGUCAAGCCUCCGUUACACUUACUCCCCAUCACAUUAAAUCUCCUUAUAUAAUGAGUCCUUGGGAAAACAGAAUUUUUGAAAAGUUUUUUAAAGAAUUCGUUUCUAAAAAUAGUGACUUUAAAAUGUUUAAAAAAGAGCUUGAACGUUGGAUUAUGGAAACUGAUCAUGGGCAGUAUGAAAACCGAAUCAACUUGAAUGAAAACAUUGAGUCAAGUAUGACUCAAGAAGCGUUUCAAGAAGACAAAGGGGUGACAUAUGAUUGGUCUGAACUUACAUCCAAUUGCUUAAAUAAGUCUUUAAAAUGUAAUGGUUCCGUCAUGGAACCAGUCUUAAGCUGUGUUGAUGUUUUGAAAAAGCGUCGUUUUACAAGGGUUGUUUAUUCAUUUUCGUCGUGGGGCUUUAGACGUAGCAAUUAUACCGAAGAAAUUCGACAAGUUUUGAAAAAUAACAAAGAUUGGAAAUGUUUUGUUGAGAAAUUUCUUGUGUGUUACAUUAAAUUUUUGGAUAAAGAGAAUAGAAAAGUUUCUGAAUCUAAAGAAUCCCAUUUACUCACAAAACCUGUCAGUAUGACAUUUUUCCUGGGUCUCGUCCAAAGUGUCCUAGGACCUUUGAAGGUGGAAACUGGUGAUUCACUUAACAUGGAGACUUUGACUCAGUACGGCUUUCCACAUUGGUUUUCCCGGAUGCUUCAAAAUUGUGACGACAAGAAAGUCAUUCAAACAGAAGAAACACAAGAAAUUUCAUUAAACAGGUCAUGUAUUAAAAAGGAAAUACAAAAACUAACCGUGGACUUGGAUGUAAUUCAGCAACGUAAAUCUAUCAUGUUAGUUUUCUGUGGUGUCGUUUUGUUGAAAAAUUUUGUCUUCUCGAGUUACAGGUUACAAAAAAUACUUAGUGUUAUACAAGAAACCAAAAAGCCUUGUAAGAUGUACUGGAAUGCAGUGGAGGCUGCAUUAGUGGAUUUAUACCGUUAUGAAGUCUUUCAUAGUGUGACAUCAGGCUAUUACGCUUAUAGCUUAUCUAAGCAGUAUUAUGAUUUAAAUUUUUUCCGUAUUUUAAGCGCUUUAAACGGUUUAGGUAUUUCAGGUUGGUGGACAGAGCAAGGAUUAUGCAGCGUUUGUGGUAGUGGUGUAACAUAUGAUGAAGAUCCUUUAGUUUUUUGUGAUGCUUGUUUCAUCCCUGCUCAUCAUGGUUGUGUUGGUUACCCUGUUGUGAGUGUAUCUGUGGAUAAUGUGCCUAAAAAUAUAACUCAAGACUCUUUUGUGUAUGGUUCCAAAAUGUAUUUUGCGGGGACACACGAAAAAAAUGAAAGCCGUUCGGUUGCAGAAACAAAUGCGUCCAAGGAAGGCAUCUAUAGCACCGAUGGUGAUGAUUGGUUUUGUGAUGCGUGCCAUUUAGUUAUACAACAAGUUUCCAAUGUACCGUUAGCCUUAGUCAUUAUUCGUCACUUAGCGGGUCCACGUACGCCUUAUGAUUUUCAAGAAUUGUUAAAUUAUAAACGAUGCAAUCAACUUCCCCAACAAUUCACUUUAAAAUUACCCUGUUUAAUUGAUGAUGAAGCACACUCCCUUGUGAAAUUUCCUAUCACUGACACUGCUUGUCGUGUUUGCUUCUCGAAAACGUCUUGUACUGAAGACCUUAGUAUUGUGGGUUGCAAACAAAGCGUGAGUAACACAGUAUGUGAAACCAAUCGGGUUACCGAGGAUACAAUACAUUCAAAAAAGGGGAUAAGUCGCGGUGUCCCUGUUAAAAAGAGGACACACAGCCUGACAGGUAUGCAUUGUGCAGCGGUAGGAGAAUGGAAACGUUGGUUGGUACAAGUGUCACAAGAAGAAGUCACAAGAACGGCGGAAAUGCUACGAAAAAAAAUUAGGGAAAAAAAUAAUCGUGCAAAAGAUAGUUGGAUGUUUAAUACUUCAAUGUGUAAGAAAAAAGACGCGCUUUGGUGUGUGGCUGGAUCUUCUUGCACACCUGGUGAUCAAAUCACCAAAAUUAUCUGUCUUCCUGUAUGUUCUCUUUGCGGUUAUGAUCCUUAUUUUCGUGGUGGUGGCGUUAUCAAGAAAGUGAAUUCUAAACAAAAAAGUGAAUUUUGCCAUAUUCGCUGUGCUUUAGCUGCGCAUGGGAUUCUUUCAAGAGACACUGUUCAUUACAAUCCUAACCGUUUGCGCUCAGCGACACCAUGUACUUCGUGUGGUGAAAGUGGACCUGACGUCGUGGGAUGUAGCACUCCCGGGUGUUUAGUUUCGUAUCAUAUGUCUUGUGGAACUCAAAUGCGCCAAUGCUUUUUGGAUUUCGUACAAAGUCGGCCUAUACUUUUUUGUGAAACCCAUGCAAAAGAUCACUUACCUUCACAGAGUUUACGCCGUUAUGAAACCUGUCGACAGCGAAGGAAAAGUCAAUGGAUGAAGAGAAAAACUCAGAUGAAUUCUUCUGUUCCCAUGACGUUGGUCUCAGCAUCUUUGUAUAAUUUCGCUAUAAGAAAUUCAAGACAGCCGUUCAUAAAUGCGUGGAAUUUAAAAAAUGUUGCAAGGAUUUCAACAAAAUCAAGUGCUCUUUGGACUGGCAACAUCCUUGAUGAGACCUUAUGGAUGUUAUUAGACUUAUAUAAAGGAGGAAAAAAAAAAAAGGUGCUUUAUAGCAGUCUUUAUUUGAAAUGCGUUGGGAUUAAAUGGCCUUCUGCACUGUGGAAUUCAUGCCUUCGCUUAUAUUACUCUAUAACAGGGGAGUUACCGACGCAACAGCACAAGUUGCACGCAUUAUCCGAAAUUGUGGAUCAAUGCAUGAAUGAGCGAAGGUUUGAAGUUAGACAAUCUCAAACAAUAGGCCAUCAAACGCAAGAUGCAACCUUGUGUAGUUCGUGUUGCGCUGAAAAAACGUCUUGUCAGACUCGUCUAUCAUUAAUCACAUGUAUUUUAUGUCACAUGUCAGUUUGUAUGGAAUGUCUUAAAGGUACUACAAUACAUGAGUCUUCAACUUUGUCGAAUAAAGUGACCAGCGAUUCGUUCGUUUGCUUGCGGUGUCAAAAAAAGAAAGACGCGGUAUGUGAGCUUUGCUACCGCCAUGAUGGUUAUUUGAUUUGGUUACAAACGACAACGACAUGGAUUCAUUCUUUAUGUUAUCAAUGGUUUUGUAAAAAAAAUUAUAAUGAGCUUGGGACAUAUCUGUUACGCGACUGUACAAACAUUUUACAACACAAAAAUUUAUGUUUAUUUUGUUUUAAUCCGUUCGGUUCUACGUGGGUGUGUGAUUAUGGAACGUGUUCUAACGCAUUUCAUAUUAGUUGUUGUAGCUUAUGGGGAUGUACGAUGAAAGUGAGGAAGACUGGUGAAACUUUAUCCUACAAUGCGUAUUGCCCUGAUCACUCAUAUAACAAAGAGAAAAGUGAUUGGUACUGUCGUAUUAAAAGGAAACUACAGAGUUGGGGUGGACAUGUUGGGUCUAUCACGGAUAACGAGUUUCCUUUAUCUUUCAUUCAAUGUUUUAUGUUUUCUAUUUAUAUACCCAAGCCACUAGAUUGGAGUGAAACUAUCCAUUCACUUGAAUCGUAUACGUUACCUUUUAAACGUUCAUUGAAGAAGUCGAGUGAAGUGAUUGAGGAAGGAAAGAUACAAAGCCAACAACAGAAAAGUCAAAAAUCUGUUUCUUCAAUAAUCUCCAGUGUAGUAACAAAUCAAAUGUCUUUUUGUGUUAAAUCCAAAAAUAAAAGAAAGUCAACAUGUUGCAACGAGAGUUCUAUGGAAUCAAGCGACGAUAGUUUCUCUAAAGGUUUUUUUUCUGAAACUCAGUGGACAAAAAUCUUACUAAAAAUAAAACAAACGUUAAAACGUUCAUCAACCUUUGACUUAGAUCAUGUUAAAGAAGAAAUUCAACGCAUUUACGAUAUGAAUAAAAAAAAAAAUGUAAAUUCGGAAAAUGCUGUUUUACCACGCGUUAAAAAAAAAAUCAAAUGUGAUACCGCAGCUAUUGAACAUCAACCAAAACGAAGGGGACGGCCUCGUAAAAUUUUUAUUGAACAAGAGGAAUGUGCAAAGACACAAGUACAAUUAACGACCGAUGCAACGAACAAUCACGAACUGAAAGAAAAUAAACGUCGACGUCCUUUAAUGAGUCAUUCAAUAUAUACACCUUUACUAGAGAAUUUCUCUAGUCCUUAUUAUGGUCUAAACAAACAAUGUGUAGAGCCUUGUUCGUUUACUGCACUUCCCAUGACGCCUUUCAGUAAAACUACAACAUGCUCUCCUUAUUUACUAGCAUUUUCCUACCCUUAUUAUCAGCCUUAUCAAAUGACCCCCUUUUUAACAAACAUUUAUAAUCCUGCAAACACAACCAACGGCCCCUUUCAACAGUAUGCAGAACAUUCCUUCUACCCAAUGUUUAAUUCCGUCAACACAUUCGCACACAAUCAACAUUAUUUCCCUCCUUACGCCACUUUGCCAAGGCAAACUGGAUCUAACCAAGAAAGGCUACCAACUCAAAUACUGCCCAGACAAGAAGUAGAACAAGGAGUACAAAGUAAACAAGAUGUAUCACGUAAAGGGGUUUUAAAGACGGAUGGAAGUCUAACAAGUCGUGGCGUUGAGUAAAAUUUUCUAUAAUAAAAAACUCAAUGGUUUAAAAGUGACACGUGAUUCCUUCUUCCUUAAGACCUUUGUACUAUUCAAGCUGGUAUUGAUGUUGCUAAAAGUUUUUAUUCAUUUUUUACUUCUGAAUUUGGUGGAUUCCACCAAGUAGACGUUACUGUGACAUGGGGGAAAUUUGCAGCAUGUAAAACGUUCAAUGAAUACGCUUGUAAUGCUACAAAGUAAAA